AUGUUUUCAAAUUACAUGUUGAAGAGCACAACGCUUCAAUAUACAAGGUUAUUACUCUUCGUAUUUCGCUUUUCGCUCGUUAGCAUAAUGGGGGGCAAGGCUCUAAGGAUAAGUGUAUUAAUAUCUGGAUCUGGCUCCAAUUUACAAGCGCUAAUUGACGCAGAGGCUAAGAAAGAAUUGGGCAAUGCCAAGAUUGUGUCGGUCAUUUCGUCAAGCAAAAAGGCUUUUGGAUUGACAAGGGCGACUAAAGCUAAUAUUCCAACAAGGGUGCACUCUUUGUUCCCAUAUACAAGAGAUAUUUCAAAAGAUGAUAGAGAAAAAAGAGCAGACGCUAGGGUGGAGUUUGAAAAAGAUCUUGCAGAAGUGGUCUUAGGUGAUGAACCUGAUCUAGUUGUAUGUGCAGGGUGGUUACUAAUUCUUGGAGCAGAAUUUUUGAGACGCACAAAGCGGGUUCCUAUAAUCAACCUACAUCCAGCCUUGCCAGGCGCGUUCGAUGGUACGACGCAUGCAAUCGAAAUGGCAUGGCAGAAAGCGCAGGAUACAAAGAAACCUUUGGUAGCGGGCUGUAUGGUACAUUAUGUCAUCGAGGAAGUAGACAGAGGAGAGCCCAUUGUCAUUAAGGAAUUGGAAAUCGUCCCAGGCAAGGAGACGUUAGAAGAAUACGAAGAAAGAGUCCAUGAUACGGAACAUUCAGCUAUAGUUGAAGCCACGAGGAAAGUAAUACUUCAAAAGAGUAAUUAG